AUGACCGGCUGUUCAGUUUCUGGGUGUUAUAAUUCAACGAAAAAUGGAUCUGCUAUGAAGAUAUUACCUCGCAAAAACGUGCCUAGAGAAAAAUGGAUAAAAAGUAUUAGCCGUUCCAAGUGGUCACCAGAUGAAUAUACAUAUUGUGUUUGCGAGGAACAUUAUUCAGCUUAUAAGGCUGUAACGCUUUGUUGUGAUGGUAAGCAAGAUUUUGACUCAUGUGCUGUGUCUACUAUAGAACCACAACCGAAUUCUCCAACCACGAAUAAUAAGAUGGAGUUAACUAAUUCAAAUGCCUCCGAUUCUUCCACUCAACUUCAAAAUGUUCGAAUAAAACAUCUAAAAAAUAAUGAAGCGUCAUUAUCAGAUAGUGAAUCAACAGAAUUUGAAGUAAUUGAAGAAAUAGAAUACGAAGUUAUGGAAGAAGAAGAAGAAGAAGAAGAAGAAGAAGAAGAUGAUUGUGCUCAAAGUUCUGAUAAAGACUCGGAAAAAAUGAUGAUAGCCAAAAUUAAAGAAGAAUUAACCCAAGUGAAAGAAGAAAAACUAGCCGAAGUAGGGGACGAAGAUAAUAGCAGUGAUCAGGAAAUAAAAGAAGAAUCAAUGAAUAAUUGUAAACCAAAUUUUAACAAGGAUCAAGAAAAAAUAAGUAACAUUUGUAAUAGCUGGUCUAAACAUUCGAAAAAUGUAACUAACAGCACAGAAAAGCUGUUAAAAAAUCAAGAAAAUUUAACACUGAAUACAGAUGACUCGUCUCAGAGUGAUAGAGAUUGCAGUCGAUUGCUAGAAUAUUUUUCUGACAGUUCACAAAAUUCAAAUUACAAUGAAAAAAAAUUAUUUAAUAGUCAAAGGCUUUUGACUGUUAAGAAUGAAAGUUCAUCGGUUACUUACACAACUUCGAGUAAGAAUAAGACAAAAUUGAUUAAAAGUCAAGGAAGUGAUAAAAAUAUUAAACUACAUAGUAAUAAGAUAUUAUUAAUUAAAAAAAAAAGUAAAAUUGCACCCAAACAAGAAAGUUUAAUUAACCCUGAUGAUGAAGAAUCUCAUCAGAGUACGAAUAAACUUUAUCUGAGUGGAGGCAAUUUAAUAUAUGAUUCGAAAGAAAAAUUACAUCAAGAGCUUGAAAAUACAAUUAAACAAAACAUUAAAUCAAUACAAAGUCUUAAAAAAGACUUAACAUUGAACCAGUCCGAAAAAAAAUGUAAAGCAAACGUGAAUGAAAAACAAGGAAAUUCAAUUAAAAAUCAAGAAACAACUCGGAUUGUUCCAAACUCGGUUGCUAAUCUUCAAAAUAAGUUGUUUUUAGUAGUUAAGCCAGAAAAGCUACCACAAAAUCAAGAAACUCUACCCCAGAAUUAUGCCAGGUUAAACAAAAAUCAACCUAAUUGUAAUAUGAGUAGUGACAAAAUACUUAAAAACCAAGUAAUUCUAAUUAAAAACGAAAAUAACACACAGGAAGCACCAGUAAUAUCAAAGGUAAAUGGAACUAACCCAGUAAAAAAUCAAGUAUUUUUAAUUAAAAACCCUCCUAAAGUUCCGGAAGCGCAAGAAAAUUUGAAACAGACUGGAGUAAAUCUCGUAAACAAUCAAUUAUUUUUAAUUCUUAAACAAAAUGCGCCACCGCAAAAUGAGCAAACUUCUGAUAAAAUCGGACAAGAAAUAUCGCAAAUACAAAAUUACACUGUUCAAAGUCAAGAUAAUUCAGAUGGUAACAAACGAAAGUUACGAUCAAUGACAAAGAAGGAGACUGAAAGUAAUAAAAGGGUUUGUACAGAUGAUGAUAAAGAAAAAUUACCUACCCAUUCAGAAAAAUUAAUUGAAAAUCGUAGAAAGUUAAGUCAAUAUUUGCAGUAUUUAAAUGAAGCUAGUAAAACUGUGGCUGAAUAUAAAAAAAGUAUGAUAAGACAAACUGCUUCGGAAGAAACUGCCAAAAAUGAUAAAAAUACUGUGGAAGAAAAAACAAAUGAAAUUGAUGAUGAUCCAUUCAGUACCAACGAUCCAGAGCAAUUUUCGAUGGUUAAUACACCAGUGUCAACAUCAAUGUCCACCUGUAAUAAUGGGACUAUUAAUGAUAAUAACUGCAAUAAUAAUGACCACAGCAGUAGCAGUAGCAGUAAUAACAACAAUGAUAUUAAUAUUGAUAAUAAUAAUAAAAAUAGUAAUGAUAAAGAUAAAAUAACUUACAUGAAUCAACUAAUAGAAAAGCAACAACAACUUCUUCGAGUGUACAGGAAUAAACUUGGUUUUGCAAGGUAUAAAAUAAAAGAUCAAGAAGCUAAGUUGGAGUUGUGGCGAACAAUGAUGGAAACAAUUUUCAAUGAAGAUCAAAUCAGCUAUUUGGAAGCAAUACAAUCCCAAAAAAAGCGCUGCAAAUGUUGGUCAGCUGCUACAAUUAAAGAUGCGAUUGAUAUUAAAAAUAUUGUAGGUACAGUUGGUUACGAAGAACUUUUAAGGCGAAAAUACCCGUUUCCCGCAUUAAGAACAUUGAGAGAAAAAACACAAAAAUCAAAAGAAGAUGAAUAA